GAGUAACAAGCAAUACUCCUACACAGCACCGCAAAAGAUGUCUCAGCAAAUCUUCGAAGAUGGCGGCGAGCAAGAGAGAGGAGAGCAGGCCCGCCUUAGCGCUUUCGUGGGCGCUAUCGCGAUCGGCGACCUCGUUAAAUCGACUCUAGGACCUAAAGGUCAAGACAAGAUCCUGCAAAGUGCCUCGACAGGCGAGAUUAUGGUCACCAACGAUGGCGCCACCAUUCUGAAGAGCGUUGCUCUCGAUAAUGCCGCCGCAAAGGUGCUAGUCAAUAUUUCGAAAGUCCAGGAUGACGAAGUCGGAGACGGAACCACAAGUGUCGCAGUUCUCGCAGCAGAACUUCUUCGAGAAGCAGAGCAGCUCGUGAACCAGAAAAUCCACCCUCAGACUAUCAUCGAAGGCUACCGAAUAGCCAGCGCCGCCGCACUGCAAGCCCUCAGCGAAACAGCAGUCGACCACAGCAGCAAGCCUGAGGAAUUCCGCAAAGACCUGAUCGCAAUCGCUCGCACGACCCUCUCCUCGAAAGUGCUCUCACAAGACAGAGACUACUUUGCCACGCUCGCCACCGACGCCGUAUUGCGAAUGAAGGGCUCAACAGACCUCACACACAUUCAAAUUAUCAAGAAAGCAGGUGGAAAAUUGUCAGACUCAUAUCUCGACCCGGGCUUCAUCCUCGACAAGAAAUUUGGAACAGGGCAACCCAAGCGAGUAGAGAACGCAAAGAUCCUCGUCGCGAACACAUCAAUGGACACGGACAAGGUCAAGAUCUUCGGUGCCAGAGUGAAAGUGGACGGGACAGGGAAGUUGGCAGAGCUUGAGAAGGCAGAGAAAGAGAAGAUGAAGGCAAAGGUCGAAAAGAUCAAGGCACAUGGCAUAAAUUGCUUCGUCAACCGACAACUGAUCUACAACUGGCCAGAGCAAUUGUUCACAGAUGCGGGGAUUGCAUCAAUAGAGCACGCGGACUUCGAUGGCGUGGAGAGGUUGGCGUUGGUCACGGGAGCCGAGAUCACGAGUACAUUCGAUCACCCGGAGCAUGUCAAAUUAGGACACUGCGACUUAAUUGAGGAGGUUGUGAUUGGAGAGGACAAUCUCAUCAGAUUUUCUGGCGUGGCUGCUGGACGAGCUUGCACGAUCGUGUUGAGAGGAUCGUCGGAACAGCUUCUGGACGAGGCAGAGCGGAGUUUGCACGACGCGCUUGCGGUACUCUCGCAGACCGUCAAGUUCCCAAAGACGACACUUGGAGGAGGUUGCGCAGAGAUGGUCAUGUCAAAGGCUGUGGAUCAAGCUGCACAGAAUGUUGCGGGAAAGAAGGCUUUGGCUGUGGAUUCAUUCUCGAAGGCUCUCCGACAACUUCCUACAAUCCUGGCCGACAAUGCUGGUCUGGAUUCCGCCGAUCUCGUGGCCCGAUUGCGAAAGGCCGUCUACUCUGGCAUGUCCUCGUCCGGUCUGGACUUGAUGAAGCCAGGUGGUGGCAUUGCAGAUAUGCGCGAACUGGGCGUGAUUGAGGCUCACAAGCUGAAGCAUGCCGUGGUCAGCUCAGCAAGUGAGGCCGCAGAGCUAUUACUGCGAGUGGACAACAUCAUCCGUGCAGCCCCAAGAAAGAGGGAGAGGAUGUAGAGCAAAAGACGAAAGUUACGAGGCAAUGUGCAUAGCGCAGGAGUCUGGCGCCACAGAAGAAGCAGGACUAGAUGUCGGCACUGUAUUGUGCUGUAGAUACCACGCAUGUGAAUUCUAUUGCAAUGACGAUCUUUGGACGUGACACUGUCUUGUGCCUGAUCCUUCUCGGACUGCGGUCGAGGGAGAACAGUAGAAUGUUGUGGAGGACAGCAUGAAUAUAUCAAAUAUGCUGCGGGCGUGACCUGUACUCAAGUGGAGCUUUGUAGGUAUGCAUUAAUACAACGCACUCAUCGCCCCA